CACUAGCAGAUCGGCGGCCGGGAGCGAUCGGGUCGGUCCGCGGUUGGCAUGCGAGUUCGGACCUCUUCGUGGCAGCUCGUACUUUUCCGGCACGCAGGCUAAGCCUAGCGUGAGUGAGGGGGGCUGAGCACGGUCCGACUGCUCACACCUACCGCGGAAAGGCGUCUGGCUAUAUGGUGACGGUUCACCUGAGACGUCGCCGCAGCGACAUGAGGAACAGACUAAUUGCUGGUUCUUCUGCGGUGGUACUCGGGAUAAUACGGAUUAACUGAGCAGAGAAGUGUUUUUUUUUUUUGUUGUUAAUUUUUAAACGGCCCGGACCAACUAAGUUAACAGCAGUGCGCAGCCCGUAACUCGCUAAUUAAAUAUAGAAAAGGGACCAUGGCGACGGGUGGAUUCAGAUCCAACACGGCCACGGACUUUCUGGAGGAAUGGAAAGCCAAGCGGGAAAAGAUGAGGGCUAAAAUGCCGGGGGGCAUAUCAGCCUCGACCGGCUCCAGCAUCGGUGCGCUUCAUGGGGGCAGCAAUAAAAACGAGACGCGAAGUUUGACUCCGGCCACCGAGGCGGGCGGCAGCGCCCCUGAGCGUGCGGCAGCCACUGUCACCUGCGCGGCAGCCACUGUCACCUGCGCGCCGUGCCACCCCGCGGUACGAGCGGCCGCCUCCUGCGAGCCCAGGGCCGCCGACGGGCCACCGGCCACCCCGAAGAAGGCUUCACAGCUGGAGAAAGAGCCGGGCACCCCGCAGGCGGACACCGGCGACAACGACAGAGAGAGCCCCGCUCCUGGCGGCGGCACUGGCAAGAGCAAAGAGAAGAAGAGCUCGGGUCCGAGCGCCAGGAAGGGCAAAGGGCAGAUAGAGAAGCGCAAGCUGCGGGAGAAGCGCCGCUCCACCGGGGUGGUCAGCAUACCGUCCAACGAGAGUUUGGAUGAGCUGGAUGAUGAUGACGGCAGCAACAAGGAGCGGGAGACCGAGGAGGCUCUGACGCAGCACAACACGUUCCAGAACGAGUCCAUGAGCACGGAUCCCGAGGAGACGCCAAGAGGCAUGACGGCCCGUUACAAAAGCACGGCCAGCCCAGCUGCUGACGAGGAGCCUGGGGGGAACGGCAAGAUCCGGCAGGGGAACAGCCGUCACAGCGGCCUGGAGAGGAGAGUAGAAGAGCUGGAGAAGGAGCUCGCCGGGGAGCAACAGGAAAACAGCCGACUGCUGGCAGCCCACCAGGAGAAGGACGAUCUGAUCGAGAAGCUCAGGGAGGAAGUGGACCUGCUGAAUCGGGACCUGGAUGAGCUUGAGGACGAAAAUGAACAGCUCAAGCAGGAGAACAAGACCCUCCUGAAGGUGGUUGGUCAGCUGACCAGGUAGAGGAUGUGCAGAAGUCCCUGGAAGACGGACCCUCGUCUGAACGCCGGUGUCUUACAUCGCACACGUUCUUUUCCUGCUUCUGGUGUCUCUCUGCCUAUUGGAGGAGGACCUGUGUAGCCAGGGAGACCUUAAAACUUUUAAAGCACCUUGUGAUCUGUAAAAUAAGGAAUGUUUUUGAUGGUGUAUUUUAUAGGUGUCAUACAAAGAACCAUACGGUGUAAUGGGAUUUUCACCUUAAUUUGUUGGGUAAUAUUUAAUGUAAAUGUUUUGUACAGUGAAUAGGCCUUACAGAUGGUCAGUAUGCAAAAGAAGGUCGUUCAAAGCCCCGCAAUGCUCUGUAAUUGUUAAACUUGCGGCUGUUGCUUGUUCUGAUAGAACUGGGUUACCAUGUUAGUCAUUGCACGGUUAAAUUAAACCCCCCAGAUGUUAAUUUGUUAACGUGCCACAGCUGGUGACUUUUGUGGGCUGUUCCUGGUGUUUCCCCACUGGUCUUGUCCUGUAUUAUCUCGCUAUGAAGGAGCAGUUUGACUGAGUGUUUUUCCCUCUAUAUCAAAACUCUAAAACAGCAAAGAAUAUCUUCUGCAAGCCAAAGUGCCAUGAGUCACAGUUAAACCUGGUGAUUUUGGUUCACCCACAUGGAAGAUCAUGGUGCUUUUUGUAGUCAUGGCGUGACAAUCUUUGGCUGCUGCACUCUGUUAAAAUCCGCAGUCAUACAGUACUACAUUAAGUACAGUAAUUACAUUAAGACCUUAUUAAAUGAAUUAAAUGUGUUAUAAAAGUGUGUUUUUUUAAUUUCUCUCAGAAAUGUCCUAUUUUCCUGAUGGAAUGUGGAGAUUUUUCAUCUAGCAGCUAGUGUAUCCAAGUGCUAUGAUUUUCAGAAAUAUCGAUGGAUUUAAGCGAAGGUAUACAUACAAUCCAAGUGUUUACAAGUGUGUAUGAGAGUUUUUUGUUCUUUUCCAUUGUUGACAAAUCUAGCCGUUCAUAGUUUAAUCGAGCGAGAUAAAUAGAGUAUGCUGCUAUGGAGUAUUUUAAAGCCACAUCAAUCACAGAAAGUCACUCUGCUGGAAAUGCCUCGUGUGUGUGUUGCCCGUAAUGAUAUGGAGAACAGGUGUAUUAUUUUAUGGCUGCAGUAACUGUAUUAGAUUUCGGUUUUCAUGACUCAAAUUUGGCUUAUUUUAGGCUUAUGUUUUUAUUAAGUCUGCUCUUUUAAAUCUAGUUAUAUUCACAAAUGUACAUUUUCCCUAAUUUGAUGUGUCAGGUUAUGUAGACUAUUUUCUGUGAACACUCUAGACUAUGCAUGGACAGCCUUAGACAUCCAAUAAAAGUUCAGUUAUAUCUUUU